ACCGCCAUACCACUCCGGCCAGACUUCGCUGUCCAGAACUUCUCACUGCUUUCCUUUGUCUUUCUGCCUGCCACCUUCACCAGAGCGUCGAGCGACUCUGGUCGAGAUUGGACACACACCUACCUGACACUUCCACGGUAACCAGCGACCAGCCCCGCGGCAAGAUUCACAGCGAUGAACAGCAUUCUGCCGCCCUCGCACGCCGCUCCUCACCUCCUCGGCAACAACCGUCUCUCUCCAUCUCGAGACCCUUACGGCAUUCCCAGCAGCAUGGCGUCGAGAAAGCGCAAAGCGUCCGAGGAGCCCGACCAUGAUCGCAUGUCUACGUCUCCCAGUGCCUCGCCCUCAAUGGCAGGCCGCCCACUACCACAUGCUCGCAGUAUCAAGCGCACCCGCACAGGCGCCGUUCAGGGCAGACCACUGGCCCUCCCACGACUCCUCGAAACCCUUUCAGCUGAUCAGAUGCGGAAUCUUCUGCAAAAUAUUUGCGAUCAACAUCCCGAGCUCCAGCAGGCCAUCGUCACUAAAGCGCCGAGGCCGUCGGUCGAUUCGACGCUGCAAGUUCUGAGCAGAUAUGAAGAUAGCUUCCGGCAAGCCUUUCCGCUGGGCAAUCGUCCCACAUCAGACUACUCGUACAACAGAGUACAGACGCAACUGCGAGAACUCAUCGAAGCGGUUCGAGAAUACACACCUCACUUUCUACCACCACACGAGACGACGGACAGUCUAUCGUUCGCAUAUCUCGACUCUGUCACCAACAUGAUACACCGGUUACCAGACUGGGAUACAUUCCAACACCAACGGCACAAGUCCGAAGCAUACGAUGAGAUUGCAAAGGCCUGGGCGUUGGUGAUUCAGGAGGCAGCGAAGAAGGCGGGCGGGUUUCACUUGCAAUUUGGAGGAUGGGAUCACAAGGUUGUAGAGCACAAUCAGAAGAGCGGGGGAAAGAUGGAAGAAGCUGUGAACGAGGUCAAAGUGGCACUGGGGUUCAUGCAGGCUCCAUCAUCGAACACGCCGGGUGUCAGCGAAGAGCGUGCCAGCAUCCGACAGCAGUUGUUUUCGGGUAACUUUACACAGCUGGCUUACUCUCGGUACUCAUGAGAUGGUGGCCUCUUCGCAGCGAGACCCAUGGUUUCAGCACAGCACAGCACAGUCGUGGGAUAGGGGAACUUGAAGCGUUCUUUUUGUUUUGUUUUGUUUCUCUCUUUAUUACCAGCAUGGAAUCUGCAACGGGAUUAGGCGCUGGAGUUUGUGAAAGGCGAGCUUGUUUCUGAUCCGGCCACUGCAGAGCGCCUUGAUUAAUGCAGCCACUUGUGGAGGGCGAAGGAGUGAUUACAGAGCUAGGUACAUGUACCUAGGUUACUGCUAGAUGUGUCUAGUAGGAGAAGACAAAAACAAUGGAAAUUUGCA